AUGUCGUCGCCCUUGAUGAGACUUCGAGAUCGGGAGUGGCAUUCCCCGGCCUCCCAGAGAUUCGUCGAUCAGGUGAUGCCGGAUCUUCUUCUUGCUCUCCGCUCCUUCUUUGAACCCUUGGUUCUGAAAGGUCGGUUCUUGGAAGAGUAUAGGAGGCGCGUCGAGGAGAGUUGGACGCUGGAUUCCCAAGGGAAGCCGCUCAAGAUGUUGGUUUUCAGAGGAAGCCCAAGAAAAUCCCAUCCCAGUGUUCUGAUGGUGGAUGAGAUAUUGAAAGAGCAGCGGGAACCGCCGAGAUCCAUUAGGCGCAUUCGGCAUCUUCCCCAGUCAGCCGACCGGAUUCUAGAUGGGCCAGAGCUCAUUGAUGAUUACUAUCUCAACCUCAUGGACUGGGGGAAGAGCAACAUCUUGGCAGUCGCCUUGGGGCGUUCACUGUGCCUCUGGAAUGCUGCCAACUCCAUGGUGCAGUUGCUGCUAACCACGGAUGUGGAUGAUCACCCCACCAGUGUUGCAUGGUCUGUGGACGGGAAGAUGGUGGCCGUAGGAUUUGCGAGCUCCAAAGUUGAGAUCUGGGAUGCUAUAGCUCUGCAACAGGUUUGUCCAAUGCUUCCUCUGUAG